AGGUUUAAAAAUAAUGAAGGUUGUUAUUGGUUAAAUAAAAACAAUAUGGAAAGAAUUACACACCUACGUGAGUUUGAGGUUUGAGUUGAGUCUGAAACCAAUUAAAGAAAUGAACCAUGCAACCUGAAAAAUGCUGGAAAUAAGCAAAUAAAUAAAUAAGAAAGAAAAAAAAUGGAAUUGGCGUCAAUCCAUUAAAGCUAUCAUUUUCAUUUUCAGAUAAUCAUUUUCAAAAGUGAGAUCAAUUAUAUUAUUAAAAACCUUUUAAAUCAACUGUCAGAUUAACACCUCUGAAAGUUAAGAAAAGGAAAAUUAAAAAAUAUAAUGCAUAUAAGAAAAUAUGUACAUUAUAUUAAAUCAAAGCUAUAAAGCCAGUGUACACAUGAAUAAUAUCAUUAACACUCACCAGGCAAGUGCUAAAUUGCAAGUGGGGUGAGGGGGGGGGAGAAGAAGAAGAAACAUGCCAUCUGUCCUAAUUCAUCAAAUUUCAUUACAACACGAAAUGGCCGAGCUCAUGAGCGAACAGUGAUUACUGCAGAUCUUCACUUCCUUGCUUAAUUACUUCUCAAUGGUCUAGAACUAAUGACAGCACAGGGAAAUCGGACAUGGUUUAUAAUAAUAAAUGUCGAGCCGAAUCCGAGAUAAGGACAUCUGAGGGAGAAGCACUGGGCUGUGGAGUAAAAUUACAGUAAAAACAGUAAAAUAACUGAGCAGAAGACUUGGGUUUGAACUGUGAUUAAAACUUGGUGCAGUGAAAUAAAAAUAAAUUACUGGCAUAUUAGAUGAUGACAGCACUUUAAUUCUGGUUGGCUCUUUUGGCUUGACCGUAUAUCUGAAGCACGGUGUAGCGAUACAUCAGUGUUCACUGCACCGUGAUAAAGAUCUCAAAUUAUUCUACCAUUUAGAGCUGGGCGAUAUGACAACGUAAUAUCGAUCUCAUGAUAAAUGAUGUCAAAAUACACUUUCCUGAGAUAUCGUGAGUACCGUCUGGAUUAUUUAUUAUUUUUUUUUUUAAUUUUUAAACAAUUACAACUGAUUGGAAUCAGCAGAUUAAAAUGUAAAUUUUUUUCCAGAAUUGAUUCCCUCCAUUUGUGUUAAAAUUUAUUUUUGUAGAAAUAAAAGUAUUCUGAUUAUUCUAAUGCAUAGCAAUUGUUUUUUAAUCAGUAAUAUUUCUCCCUUUUGAUUAUUUAUUUACAAUAAUUAAAAUGAAUUUGUAGAUGAGUACAAUGCAUAUGGUGCAUAAAAAUUAAUUAAAUGAGAAACUAGCGUGGUGCAGAUUUUCCGUUGUACCACAGACACUUAAAGUACAUCGGAACUAGUAGUGUCUAAAGUGAUUGUGAUAUUUGACCAUCAGCAGCCAACCAGAAACAUGAUCUGAUAUAAGCAGGAAGUAAAACAUCCAUGAUCACUAUGCACGGAACUGGUUAUCUUUAUUUUAUUUAUUUUAUUUUUUUCUUAUAAAUUUAACAGCUAUAAGGCUUAGAUAUUAGUUACCAGGUGGCAAGUAGGGUGGCAUAACAAAGGGGGGAGGAGCAUACUAUGUGUAUACUGUGCAUUUAUAUUGGUCAUUGACAAAAAAAAAAAAAAAAAAGUCUCAUUACACUCAUUCUUUCAGCUUUGUACAAGGCAACUAUUCUGUUCUGCUGGCAGUUACUCAGCAAACCUUCAGAUAUCGUGAUACGUGUCAUAUCGUAGACAUGUACCGCAAUAUACACUUAUCAGCCAUAACAUUAAAACCAUUGACAGGUGAAGUGAAUAACAUAUCUUGUCACAGUGGCACCUGUCAAGGGGUGGGAUAUAUUAGGCAGCAAGUGAACAGUCAGUUCUUGAAGUUGACAUGUUGGAAGCAGGAAAAAUAAACAAGUGAAUGGAUCUGAGCGACUGACAUGGGCCAAAGUGUGAUGGCGACAAGGUCAUGAGUGCUCAUGGGGAGCGAAGGCUAGCCCAUCUGGUCCGAUCGCACAGAAGAGCUACUGUAGCACAAAUGGCUGGAAAUGUUAAUGCUGGCUAUGAUAGAAAGGUGUCAGAACACACAGUGCAUCGCAGUUUGCUGCGUAUGGGGCUGCGCAGACACAGACCAGUCAGAGUGCCCAUGCUGACCCCUGUCCACCGCCGAAAACAUCUACAAUGGGCACGAGAGCAUCAGAACUGGACCAUGGAGCAAUGGAAGAAGGUGGCCUGGUCUGAUGAAUCACGUUUUCUUUUACAUCAUGUGGAAGGCCAGGUGCGUGUGCGUUGCUUACCUGGGGAAGAGAUGGCACCAGGAUGUACUACGGGAAGAAGGAAAGCCGGCGGAGGCAGUGUGAUGCUGUAGGCAAUGUUCUGCUGGGAAACCUUGGGAUCCUGGCAUACAUGUGGAUGUUACUUUGACACGUACCACCUACCUAAACAUUGCUGCAGACCGUGUACACCCCUUCAUGGCAACAGUAUUCUCUAAUGGCAGUGGCUUCUUUCAGCAGGAUAAUGCACCCUGCUACACUGCAGACAUCGUUCAGGAAUGGUUUGAGGAACAUGACAAAGAGUUCAAGGUAUUGACUUGGCCUCCAAAUUCCCCAGAUCUCAAUCUGAUUGAGUAUCUGCGGGAUGUUCGUUUUGGUGCCAUACUUCCAGAUACCACAGCGCACCUUCCGAUGUCUUGUGGAGUCCAUGCCUCAACAGGUCAGAGCUGUUUUGGUGGCACAAGGGGGAUCUAUACAAUAUUAGGCAGGUGCUUUUAAUGUUGUGGCUGCUUGGUGUAUAUCUUUCAUAUCACUCACCUGCACUACUGUCACCAUGUUACAAAUUAAAAUGUUCAUCAUGCGUGCUGUGUGUUGCUUGAAACCUGACACAGAAUUUUGAAGGUUUCAAGGUUUCUACACUGUAGUGUUAAACUGCUGAAGUCUUGGCAUGAUUCCUCUCAACAUGUUUACUUUAAACUCAAAAACCAACACCACACAAUUAUAUUUGCUUCUAUCCUUAAUUAUAAUAUAGCCAAAGCAUUAAAAAGCAAGGAUUUAACACAGAAUAGAAAACGCUCAUCUACCAAUAAAGGCGAGUUCUUGUCGAUAGUUGUUCAUUUCUUGACGGUUUCUCUCCACUCAAUCUGUGGCAUGCUACAUAUUUGGUAUAGAGAGCUAGCUGCCAUGUAUCGCUUGUCGUUCAUUCCUCCAUCCUGACUGACUCUCUCUAGCCGCAGUGGGACAAUGCUGGCCGAGCCCCAGGAAAAAGACACAGCACGUCGUUCUUGGUCCAGGCGAGCAAAAGCAGCAUGUCUUCUCCUGAUGGAGAGAAGCUGCACUGGGCCUCGCUGCUCUUCCUCAUGGCCAUCCUGCCCACCAUCGGAGGAAACAUCCUGGUCAUCCUGGCCGUGUCGCUGGAGCGCAAACUCCAAAAUGCCACUAAUUACUUCCUCAUGUCUCUAGCUGUGGCCGACCUGCUGGUGGGGCUGCUGGUGAUGCCCAUCGCUCUCGUUACCGUGCUGUACAAUUCAGUAUGGCCACUUCCUGAUUUCCUGUGUCCCAUCUGGCUAUUCCUAGAUGUUUUAUUCUCCACAGCGUCCAUCAUGCACCUUUGCGCCAUCUCCCUCGACCGCUACAUUGCCAUCAAAAAGCCCAUUCAGCACAGCCAGUACAACUCCCGAGCCAAAGCCAUGGCAAAAAUUGCACUCGUCUGGUUGAUAUCGAUAGGUAUCGCCAUACCCAUCCCCAUCAAAGGACUGAGAAGCUCAAAUCAUGGAUUCAACAUAACUUUCAACAGCAACCACACCUGCAUGUUGACCUCACAGGGCUUCUGGGACUUUAAACUAUACGGCUCUCUGGCGGCCUUCUUCAUCCCCCUCAUGAUCAUGAUGAUUAUAUACCUGCUGACAAUCCAGGUGCUGCGCAAGAAAGUGUAUCUCCUUAGAUCGAGGGCGUGUCAGCGAGUCAACAGACCCAUGGUGUGUACGGUCUUCCAAAGAGAGCAGACGGUCCCAUCUCCACCGGAGAAAGUCUGCAUGCUGGAUGCUAGUAAAAAGGACCAAAUUCUGCAGCAAACAAACCCCAUCACAGGGGAUGAGAUUCCCAUUCGGCGACUGUCCACCAUGGGAAAGAGAUCCAUGCAAAACCUGAGUAAUGAACAGCGAGCCUCAAAAGUCCUGGGGAUCGUCUUUCUGUUGUUUGUGGUCAUGUGGUGUCCAUUUUUCAUCACCAAUGUGACAUCGGUGCUCUGCGAGAGUUGCAAUGGCAAACUGGUGGAGAGUCUUUUGGACAUUUUCGUGUGGGUUGGUUACGUUUCUUCGGGCGUCAACCCUUUAGUGUACACACUUUUUAACAAGACUUUCCGGGGAGCAUUUACGCGUUACAUCACAUGUAACUUUGGCGGCAAGAGAGCGUCCAGAAUGCAGCGCAGGAACCUGACCAAAAUAGCUUUCCAGUCUUCUGUUGCGGAAAACUCCAAACUGUUUAUGAAGCAUGGGAUGAUGAACGGUAUUGGUCCUGUAGGGUACCAGAGUCCUUUGCGAAGACGACCCACAAACCUUCAAUCCUCCAGUGGUGUCUUGCUGGAUACGCUUCUUCUCACGGAAAACGAGGACCGCAAAACUGAUGAAGGAGUCAGCUGUUUAUAGCAAGCUUUGAUAGCUUUUUUUUUUUUUUUUAAACAACACCACCACACUUAUGGCUUAAAAUGCUCAAUCUAGCUCCUGCACUUGACAGACCAGUAUUCAUAUUUCACCUCUUGCAAAUUGAAAAAAAAUUAUUUGAUUAAGUCUGAAAUUUUCAGCACUUUUAAAAGAUGGUAUUUGAUACUGGAAUAAUAUGGCUGCAGAAUUGUGGAGAACAGGGAAUGUAAAGAAUUCCAGCUAUGUGUAGCAUCCAUGAAAUACACAUGCAUGUGUAUGACCAAAUGUGUGAAUGCCAUGGCUUUAUAGGGACAUACAAAGGUUUUUCUGAUUAUCAUGCUGAUGUUAAAGGUCUCAUUUUUGCUACUUUGAAUGACUGAUACUGGAAUAACAGAAGCAUAAUGGAUGUUUCUCUCCAUGUGCAAGAUGCUUAACCAGUGGAAUCAUCUUAGGGUUAUUGUAUGUUCUUUGCAAGAGCUUAAAUAAUUCCUGAAGUCACUCAUUCUCAUUAGAUCCUCUGAUCAAAUUGUAAGCUUUAAAGACACUAAUUUUUUUCUGGAAUAACAGGUAAUGGUGAGAUCUAAGGCGGCUUUUAACCAUGACAACACACUUACCAUUCUUAGCUAAUAUCUAGCCUUGCUUGCUGUCUAGAUUAGAAUUAUUAUUAUCAGCAAUGCAGAUGAAAUAGAAUUGUGUAACUCUGGUGAUGAGGAGGUUGUUCUCCUUCACUGUAGAUUUGGAGGCUGAAAAUCACACAGAAAAACAUUGAAAAUAAUUUUUUUUUCCUUUUUCAAACAUGUCCUGUUUGUUUAUCUUCCUCAUUUGUCCACCAUCUUGUGACUUGAUAAGGAGGAAUCAGGAGGUACAAAAUAGCUUGACAUCAAUUGGCAAGUUUCUAAAAUGUUGAAAACUUUUCCAACUUUAUUAAAGCCCCAUUGUGGCCAAAAUACAUUCUUCCCAUAGGACACAGACUUCAAACAGGAUUGCGUGUAAAAUGGUUUCGGGAAGAGAAAGCAGCCUUACAAACACACACCUCAAUGAAACGAGGACUGUAGUAUGUGAUAACUAAAUUAAGCAACAAAAAGCAGAAGAACAGGUAUUGCUCUGUUGUAAAUUUUAUAUAAGUUUAGAAAGCUUGAAAUUGAAAACAAAGCAAGAAAAUAGACAUGAUCAAUCUGGAAUGGUCAAAUGAUAAACCUAUUCUAUUGUUAAAUAUGUUCUGAGGUUAUUGAUUUCAAAUCCCAGGACUCACAAAGAGUCAAUUUUGGGGCCUUGAGCAAGUUUGACAGAACCUACUUUGGAUAAAAUCACCUGCCGAAUGAAUGUAAUAAUAAUGUAAUAAACUCAGCUAGUCACAUAACUGAGUCUACUAUAAGCAGCCUAUAAACAUGAGGCCUUCUUAUGAUGGACGUGCUAUACCUUCUAAAUUAAUGAUUUCUAUAGAAUGACUCUAAAUGUACAAAGGGGAACAAGUGUGUUUAAGAGCUCUUUUUUGCCUUCUUAUAACUCACUUUCUGCGAUGUUAUAAAUAUGCAAACUUGCAGAUAUUAAAUGAGAAGGGAAGCAUUUCUUGCUAAUUAAAACUUUUCAUUAAA